UCGGCUGAACUGCGGUCACACUGCUUGCAUCAUCUCCCAGCGCGUCUGUAAAGUGUUAAAAUUAUUUUUUAUUGUAGAAUCGCCUUGAAAAAAGCAGUCAAUCCCAAAUAAACAUAUAAAUCGUGUGUCAGCCAGCCUGAUUGUGUUUAUAAUCCGAGCAUUUGCCCCGAUUGCUUGCGAAUAGCAGCUAGCACCGAAUUCGGCCCGCUAAUUGGUAAAUCCGAUUUCCAGGGAGGGAGACGCAAAAGGAGAAGCGGAGAACAAAAGGAGGUGGAAAACAACAGUUAAUCGUCAAAUUUUACGCGUCGAACAAAUAGGCAAAGGUAAACCCAUCCACGAUGAGCUCCGCGGAGGAAAACAGCAAUAGCCCGGCCACCACGCCCCAGGACAACGAUCCCAAUGAGAAGGCAAAUCUUACGGAUCUGGAGAAGCUCGAGGAGGAGAAGUUAAAGUCCAAGUAUCCCAGCGGAAUGCGGGUGCCCGGUGGGCACUCUGCCUUUCUCCAGAAAAGGCUGCAGAAGGGGCAAAAAUUCUUCGACUCGGGCGACUACCAGAUGGCCAAGCAGAAGGGUGGCGGUGUUAAGCAAGUGUUUGCCAACAAGGUGACCACCGGGGAGGCGAUUCCCACGCCAGAAACCGUGCCGGCACGCAAAACCUCGAUCAUCCAACCAUGUAACAAGUUCCCGGCGACGAGCUAAUUCACUCAUCACACCUCGUCACGCCUCCACACUACACCCACAACCUCAACUGCAGCCAGUUUACCCCCGUUCCCACUUUAAAUGCUCUAUACCUAAUUUUAAAGAAAACCUUAAUACUAAGAUGGCUGCUGGCCGGAUUUCGCGGAAAUUUAAACAGAAAAGAAACAAAAAAAGCAGAAUUUGUAGUUCCCCCGUAAACUUAAAGCACCACCCGAACGGCACACUCUUUCCUUCGCCUUUGCUAGUGGCCAAUCAAUCUCAAGGUCCCGUCUCUUCAGUACUUCUCUCAGGCCUGAGAAGCGAAGCUUAGGAGGUGGUGAGCCUGCGGGUGCAGCGCGAACUUUAUUGAAACAGUUAUAUAUAUAUCUUUAUCUGUGUAACAUUAACAUAACUUAUCCUGAUCGUGCGUAGUUAUAAGUAUUACGAGCAUAAUAAAUUUAAGUUGGAGCCACAGCCAUACAGCAUUGUUCUCCGUGAAUAAGUGGGAUUCCGUCAAUAAUUUAUGAUGUGCUCGUCUCUGAACUUUUUAAAGUAUGAUAUAAAUGUUAAUAAUAGGCAGUUGAAAGAACUUGCACAUUUGUAAACAUCCGAAUAGGUUGCUGCUUGCAGAAUAUUCAAUUUUCAGGGCGAGCGUUAGAAUCGAUUUGUAAAUGAAGCAGAGCGACGAUAACUUCCCCAGUAUUGAGCUAAAAUAAAUUGUAUGUACGUGCUA